AUGACUUAUGCGCGCGAGUGUACUCUUCAGAAACGUGCUCGCAUCACGGAAGUGUGCUCCAGUCCAUCACCUUCAGCAGACCAACAACAAGAGUCAAAAACCCCCGUACAGACCCCACCUCUCACCACCCCACCCCCUUGCUCGCCCUCUGACCACGAGUUGAACGUAGAAGAAGAACUAGAAGAUCAUUCCGAGACUUCUCUCACACCAGAAAACUUGUCAAUGAAAGAGCAAAGGCAAGACGACAUACCAGUAAAGAAAGAAGAAGAAGAAAAAUGGGAUAACCCUGAUUUCAAAUACAAAAUGUUCAGGCGUGAUAGGAAACCAGAUCCAGUACCGGAACAACAGCCAGAAGAAUCUUCUUAUCAAAAGUCUCCAGUAGACGUACUCAUUAAAGUCUUUCCACGACGCAGCCGACAAGAUAUUGAAACGAUACUAGCGAGAUGCAAAGGGGACGUAGUAGCUGCUAUGGAUAUGAUGCUAAAUGGUUCUGACACCAACAGUACUCCUUACACCAUCACCCAAGAAUCUCCCCCCUAUUUACAAAGCUAUCAGUCUAAAUCGGCUUUUUCUCCUUUAUCUAACCAAAGUUUUAAGUUCUCCCCAUCAAGAAGAUUUCUUACUCCGCCUUACAGUGGAACGGGUUACUUGCCUACAGUGAUCAGACCUCCUCCAGAGUAUCUAUCCCCUUUUAUGCCACCAACAGACCUGAUGUAUGGAAGACAACUACAGGUUCCGUCUCCUGGGACUUCCCCCACAUCUGACAACACUAAUAAUGAAGGCUUUUCAGAUUAG